CAGCCAGGGGAACAAUUGGCUAUGUAGCUCCAGAGUUGAUCAACAGAAGCAUUGGUCCAAUAUCUUAUAAGGCAGAUGUCUAUAGCUUUGGAAUGUUACUCAUUGAUAUCGUAGGCUUGAAAACAAACUCGGCAGCCAGAGAGGAUAUGUCAAGCCAGUAUUUCCCACAUUGGAUUUAUGAUCAACUCGACAAGGGAAAGGAGAUUGAAGUACUAGACGAGACACAUGAUGACGUAAAGAAGCUGACUUUAGUUUCUUUGUGGUGCAUACAAAUGAAUCCACUGGAUCGUCCCUCAAUGACUAGAGUAGUGGAAAUGCUUGAAGGCGAAUUACAAGCAUUGCAAACGCCUCCCAGGCCCUCUGAAUCGCGGGAACCAUGUUCAUUGGAAUUCAAUCUAAUUAGUUCUUCAAUAAACUCAACUGAGUCUGUGAAGUUGCUUGAGAGUUGUUCUGAUUCUGCAAAAAUAGAUGUAAUUGUUGCUUGA